GCGCGUUAUCGCCCCGAGCGGGCGGGUUCCUGGGCGGAAGCCCCGAGUGAGCAGGGCCGUCAGGGAAGACUGGCCGGGUGGGCCCAGCUAGGGGUGCCGGUUCCGCGUUCCGGCCCGAAACCAGAGCCGCGCGUGUGGAGGGUCGGCCCCUGCGCGGCGACCACGAGUGGUGUUCUCCGAAGACCAUGUGUCGGCUUGUUUUCGAACCCCGGCCCUUCCCGGGAGUCCUGUUUGGACUGGCACCUAGGCGGCCGGUGAAGCUGGGACAUUUUGCAUAGCGUCGUGGGUAGAGCCAGAAUCGUGUGAUUCGGUGACUUUUCUUCCGUGCCUGAACUUCAAAAGGAACCUGGUCCAAGAGGCCCUUUUCUGACCAUAAAAAUGAGCCCUGCAGAUCCACUUGACGAUGAAGACACAUUUAAAAUCCUGGUCGCCACCGAUAUUCAUCUUGGAUAUUUGGAGAAAGAUGCAGUUCGCGGAAAUGACACAUUUGUUACACUGGAUGAAAUUUUAAGACUUGCCCAGGAAAAUGAAGUGGAUUUUAUUUUGUUAGGUGGUGAUCUUUUCCAUGAAAAUAAGCCCUCGAGGAAAACCCUGCACACCUGCCUUGAAUUACUCAGGAAGUACUGCAUGGGAGAUCGCCCUGUGCAAUUUGAAAUUAUCAGUGACCAGUCUGUCAACUUUGGUUUUAGUAAGUUUCCAUGGGUGAAUUACCAGGACGGGAAUCUCAACAUUUCCAUCCCAGUCUUCAGUAUCCACGGCAAUCACGACGAUCCCACGGGGGCAGAUGCGCUCUGUGCCCUGGACAUUUUAAGCUGUGCGGGAUUUGUGAACCACUUUGGCCGGUCACUGUCUGUGGAGAAGAUCGACAUCAGCCCAAUUCUGCUUCAGAAAGGAAGCACAAAAAUGGCUCUGUACGGCUUGGGAUCCAUCCCAGAUGAACGGCUCUAUCGGAUGUUUGUCAAUAAAAAGGUUACCAUGUUGAGACCGAAGGAGGAUGAGAGCUCCUGGUUUAAUUUGUUUGUGAUUCAUCAGAACAGGAGUAAGCACGGAAGUACUAACUUCAUUCCAGAACAGUUUCUGGACGACUUCAUCGACCUCGUUAUCUGGGGCCAUGAACAUGAGUGUAAAAUAGGUCCGACCAAAAACGAGCAGCAGCUCUUUUAUGUCUCUCAGCCUGGAAGCUCAGUGGUCACUUCUCUCUCCCCGGGAGAGGCUGUGAAGAAACACGUGGGCUUGCUGCGCGUCAAAGGGCGGAAGAUGCACAUGCAGAAGCUCCCCCUCCAUACAGUACGGCCAUUCUUCAUGGAGGACGUGGUUCUGGCCAACCACCCGAACCUGUUCAACCCUGACAACCCUAAGGUGACCCAGGCCAUCCAGAGCUUCUGUUUGGAGAAGAUUGAAGAAAUGCUGGAGGGCGCAGAGCGGGACCGGCUAGGGAAUUCCCAGCAGCCAGAGAAGCCUCUCGUACGACUGCGGGUGGACUACAGUGGGGGGUUUGAGCCUUUCAACUCUCUGCGCUUCAGCCAGAAGUUUGUAGAUCGGGUUGCUAACCCGAAAGACAUCAUCCACUUCUUCAGGCAAAAACAGCAGAAGGAAAAAACAGAAGAGAUCAACUUUGGGAAGCUUGUCACAAAGCCUUCAGAAGGAAUGACCCUCAGGGUGGAAGACCUGGUGAAGCAGUAUUUCCAGACUGCAGAGAAGAAUGUUCAGCUCUCCCUGCUCACAGAAAGAGGGAUGGGAGAAGCCGUCCAAGAAUUUGUGGACAAGGAGGAGAAGGACGCCAUUGAGGAGUUGGUGAAGUACCAGCUGGAGAAGACGCAGCGGUUUCUUAAGGAGCGACAUAUCGACGCCCUGGAAGAUAAAAUCGAUGAAGAGGUCCGUCGUUUCAGAGAAAGCAGACAGAGAAAUGCCGACGAAGAGGACGAUGAAGUUCGAGAGGCCAUGAACAGGGCCCGGGCCCUCAGAUCCCAGUCGGAGAACUCAGCUUCCGCCUUCAGCAGUGAUGACCUCACGAGUCUAGAUGUAGCAGAACAGACAGCAAAUGACUCUGACGACAGCCUGUCAGCAGUGCCCAGCAGAGGACGAGGCCGCGGCCGAGGCCGGAGAGGAGGCAGAGGGCAGAGUGCCGCACCGAGAGGCGCAUCUCAGAGGGGCCGAGGAGGCACCAGGCUGGAGACUUCUACUCAGAGCAGGAGCUCGAAGGCCACUGCGUCAACCUCUCGAAAUAUGUCCAUUUUAGAUGCCUUCAGAUCUACCCGACAGGUCCCAUCUAGAAACAUUGCUACUAAGAACUACUCAGAGGCAAUCGAGGUGGAUGAGUCUGAUGAAGAUGACAUUUUUUCUGCCAGUUCCAAGGCUGACCAAAGGUGGUCAGGCCCAUCGUCCAGCAAACGAAUGUCUCAGAGCCAGAUAGCCCAAGGGGUUGAUUUUGAGUCAGAUGAGGAUGAUGAUGAUGACCCUUUCAUGAGCAUUAGUUCUCUAAGGAGAAGCCGAAGAUAAUGUUUUUAAUAGAACUUAGAAACUUUCAAGAUACAGGAGAAAAAAAUCAAAGCACCACACACUCACUUUACAUUGGAAGAUGUUUUAACUGCUAUUAACUGAGGAAUCUGAGAAGCUGGUCAACAGAGAAGCUGGGUAUAGGGUUUGCGUUUUGGAGUGUGAUUUCUUGGACUGGACUCCAUAAAGAGAUUCCCAACUCAGGCACUAAGAGCAGCUCUGUCACAUAGGUUUUAAUCCUCUGUUGCCAUCACAGGGGAGGCCAUGGUGGUUUAGAUGGUUCUUUCCUGACAUAAUGGCAUGCUUCCUGCUGAGAAGAGCUUUGCUUGAAUGCACUCCAGAGUGAAGAUGGAGAAAAUGCCCCAGCAUGCUUCUGCAGCCCAACUGAGGGGAGAGUGUACGAAACCACAAUCUUCCUAAUUCUGAUCAUCUCUAGAUAGUCUGGAUUUCCUGAAAAUUAAGUCAUUGUGUGAACCUGCCUGAGCUCCCUGUUGUCAGUUUGUAUGGUUUUGUGACACUUGCUGGAAUGCCAGGCCCCAAGGCUGAGGGACUAGGAGGACCUUAGAUCUGAAUAACUAGACGAGAGGCUUUUGUUGGGUAGUGUUUUAUUCCAGUCGUAGCAGAGACUUGGGUCACAUUCCCAGUGAGAGGUGGUGAUUCUGUCAUCAGGACCACUGUGUUCUCACGUCUCGGGAACAGGGUUAAGAAAUGUUACGUCUUCCUAAAACAGAGAAGCUGCAUUGGGCAGAACAUUCAGCUGACCUCGUGGUUACGUUAGGUGAGGUAAAAUACUGAAAACCAACCUCUGCCAAGCACCGUGACAACCUCACCAGUGAUGUCGUAGCUUUGCUUGUGGUAAAAUGUUUCUGAAUAGAAUUCCCAGCAAUCUGAUUGACGCCACUGAUGUCAAGUUUGUAUUUCCACCCCUGUUUUUAGAAGGAAAUAAAAUGUGUACAGUUACUUAACUUUCAGAUUUAAGUAAGCUCACUCAACUUUCAGAUUUAAGUAAGCUCACUCCCUCUCAAGCUCUCUAUAGAGGCCUGUAGCUAGUCCUUUAUCUUUUCAGCCUUUAAGAAUGAUUUGAGAGUUUGAUACAAUUUGUUGAUCAUAUGCUUCCUCUCUCUCGCACCUGCCUUCCUCCCCACCCACCUUCCCCCCACACUGAGUCCAAAUCAUGUUGCCCAAACACUUGAGAAUGUACACCUUGGAGUGUGGUCAGCCUGUCAGGACCACACCCUUAUAGAAAACUGACUCCCUCUCCCAGCAGCUAUGCCCUGUAGCUCCCGGGAGUGGAACUUGAUGCCCACCUCCCCUCCAUGCUGGGAUUUUUGUCUGGCUUCAGGAGCUGUCACAGUUGCUGAGUCCAUGUAUGCAUCUGCACAUCACUUAGUUUUGUGAGGCAAGUGUAUUUAAACACUCCCUUCAGGGAAUCUUGAUUUUACUAGCACACAGUGUGGCAUUUCUUCAUAGAUAGACACAAGUGUUUGGCUAAACAAUAUUCAUGACCAUCAGAAUAACCCUGUCUGAAACAUGGCAAGUGUUAGAGCGUCCUGGAGAUGGCAUCUCAGUUUUAGCAUCUGAUAAGCUUCUCAGAGCUUGGUCCUGGGAGACACCCUCAGGCAGAUCCACCCACAUCUUUAUCAUUCUAAAUAUAAAAGAUCAGAGGCAAAGCCUGGGGCUCCGUGGAGUGCGAGCUUGCAGGGAGGCGGUGCUCCUUAGCGCACAUGCUCCCACACUGCCCAGAGCCUAGGCGUCUUAAGGCCAAUGAGCUGUGUCUAGGUGAGUGAUGUGGAGGAUAGGGUCACUAGAUACCCUGACAGCACCCUCCUGCAGAAGGGCCAAGCUUUUCACCUCUGAAAACUGCCAGGGCAAGAAUGAAAAGAGCCACUUAAUAGGAGCUAGCUGCUGGGGGAAGAGUCCCAGGUAGGUGGGAGGCAGAAUCUCAUCGCUGUGAAUGAAUAGCGUACGCCACACCCUAGCAGUGUGGCCACUGAUAUGUGAAACACUUGAUUGUCUUGCAUGGUCAGCUGGGCCUCUCAGCCUUAAUCUUCUGUUUAGAGGCAGCAAAGUCUUUGGGGGUUUUGGUGACAGUUUUCAGAUCUGUGGGUAUUGGGUAUGCAAAGGUUCAGAUGAUUCCAAAGCACGUUUCUUAGCUGGUGGAGUCUGAGAGAACUGUGUCUGUCAAACAUCUAAUUCCCUUUGAUAUUUUGUGGAUUUUCAAGCUAACUCAUUACAAUCAUAAAAGCUUUUUAUAUAAUAAAGGUUUUUCUUGAA